UCUAACUAAUCACAGUGAUCUGAUCUAGUGAUUGUGACACUCAAUAAUGUUCUUGUUAUUCUGUUCAUUAGAGUUACGCUUAUUUGAAAUGAUUACCUAGUGUUUAAAGUAAACAUGAUAGUAAUUUAAGGAAUAUUUUAAAUAUAAAAAAAACAUGUCUUUUGUUUAUUUAUUUUCUAUUAUUUUGUGUACUGGAAUUCCAUUAUGCAAUUCAUUGACAUUUCCAUUUGCCGCUAAACAAGCAAGAGCUAAUCUGACAGCCGUAGUGUUAAUAUCUGAUGGCACAGAAGAGCUGGAAGCUGUUACAACUAUUGACUUACUCAGAAGAGCUGGGAUGCGAGUGACUGUAGCUGGUGUGCCUGGUACUGCUGCUGUCAAGUGCAAGUAUGGCUGUGUACUGGUGCCUGACUGUGGGCUGGACUCCGCUCUCAAGCAAGGGCUGUACGAUCUGGUGGUGAUACCAGGAGGUGAACAGGCCUGUAACACUAUGGCUCAGUCAGACAAAGUAGGCCGACUGCUCACAGAACAUGUGAAAGGUGAAAGAUUUGUUGCUGCCACUACUUCAGGUCCAGUGGUGUUGGAUGCACAUAGAAUAAACUACCUGCAAAGGUUAACCUCUGCCCCAGAAUUUGCGGACAAGCUGCGGAAACACUACUCGUAUUACAACUGGGAGGAGACAAUUGUUGAUGAACCAGGGAAGAUGAUCACUGGCAGAUUUAGCGGAACAAUACUUGAAUUUGGCCUUGCUCUGAUCAACCAUGUUGCAGACAAGAAAACUGCUGAUAAAGUUUCAUUUGGCUUGCAGCCUUACUCUAGUGUAUAAAAUUUACAGAGUUCUAUAAACUUUUUUAUUUUUUAUACUAACACAAGUGUUUGCUUGCAAAUACAAGCCAAUCCACAUCAAA